GGUCAAUGUAUUUCGCGGGAAAUUUCCACAUGGUUAACAAUAACAACAUCCAACGCCUUAGAAUAAUAAUGAAUAAUCAAGCAAAGAUUUCAACAUUUUUCACAAAAGUUUCACCUGGAAAACGUCAAAAUACUGGAGCUUUAGAGAAACCUCCGAAGAAAGCAAAAAUAGACAGUGAAAAUAUUCCUCCUUCACCAAAAACAGAUUAUGCAAAAAAAGAACCAGCCUCACCUUUGAAGAAAGAUGAUACAAGUCCAGAAAAGGUCCUUCCAUCCUCUCCUGGUGGAGAUAUGCCAAGAACUGAAUGUUUAUCCCCAGAACAGAAAGAUCGAGUGAACGGGAAUAAAGCUGCUGCUCUAGCAAAAUUGAGAGAAAAACAGACCAAUGGAUUACUGGCUAACGUUGGUGAUUCCUGGUAUAAAGCUCUUCAGGAAGAAUUUACUAAACCAUACUUUGUUGAGUUGUCAAAGUUUAUGGAAUCAGAAAGAAAAAAAGAAACGAUAUAUCCUCCUGCUGACCAGGUCUUUAGCUGGACAAGGUAUUGUAAAGUCAAUGAUGUAAAAGUAGUUAUACUAGGACAGGAUCCUUACCAUGGACCAAGACAAGCACAUGGUCUUUGUUUUAGUGUACAGAAGGGAGUGCCUCCUCCACCUAGCCUUGUAAAUAUGUAUAAAGAGCUGGUGAAUGAUAUAAAAGGAUUUGAACGUCCAAGUCAUGGAACAUUGACAGGUUGGUCUGAGCAAGGUGUACUGUUGUUGAAUGCCUGUUUGACUGUGAGGGCAAGCCAAGCAAAUUCUCACAAAGACAAAGGUUGGGAGAAACUAACAGAUGCCGUUAUUUCUUGGCUGAAUAAAAAUUGUUCUGGUAUAGUGUUUAUGCUGUGGGGAGCUUAUGCUCAAAAGAAAGGAGCUUAUAUUGAUAAGAAGAAACAUCAUAUCCUGAAAUCAGUCCAUCCAUCUCCACUUUCGGCACACAGAGGAUUUAUUGGCUGCAAACAUUUCUCAGAGUGCAAUACACUCCUCACAAAAGAUGGUAAAACUCCUAUUGACUGGUGUAACCUACCACCACAAGAGUGAAUAGAAUAGCCAGGAUAUUGAUUGAAAGCUGUAGACUGCCACACUUCUCAAAUAUGGCAACUGUUUAUCAGUGAUGGUGCAAUUUAAUUACACUUUAUGUAUGCUAUACAAGUGUUUAUUGUAAAUACUAAAUGUGAUUUAGUGUUGGAGUAAUUAUAUUACACUACAUAUUUGCAAUACAAGUGCUUAUUGCAUUGUGACUACUAAAUGUGAUUUAACCUUUGCUCUAAAGUAUUUAAACAUCAAAAUACCUCAAAAUGAAAUAAGAGUAUAAAUGAAUGAGACGACCUAAAACAAAUUGCACACAUUUAAUGUGAUCAUUAUAGAUGAAAAUUGAAUUAUUUUAUGUUGUGGAUAUAUUAUUUUCUUAUAGUAUUACAGAUCAUUAGUGUUGAUUUUGAAGGAAACUAUGGUUUACUGAUUUAUUUUGUUAUUAAAAGCAGUACUAGUGAUUAUGUUUUAAGUUAUGAAAUAUAGAUAAUUGAAAUUAAAUGAUUUCAGAUUA